AUCCACUACUCCUGAUGCUGUCCUGGAAGAUCUUCAUAGUGGACAUUUAGGUGUUGAGAAAAUGAAGUCCCUGGCGAGGCUCACGUGUUGGUGGCCAGAGAUAAAUGCAGAUAUUUGUCGUACAGCAAAGAAUUGCGAAAAGUGUCAUAAGCUGAAAAAUCAGCAUUCGAAGUGGAUUGAUUCUAUUGCCGCCUCAACAUUUAAUGAGCUGGAGAGGGGAGUAGAUACCUUUCUACUGCAAUAUAGAAAUGCCAGACAUUCGGUGACGAAAGAGACUCCAUCAAAACUAUUAAAAGGAAGAAUUCUUCGGUCGAAUAUGAGAUGUUUGGAGUCUGCAGAAGUUACAUAUUAUCGUGGCAAUGAUCUUCGACCAUCCAUGGGGAUCGUUCUGAAGAAUGUCGGGAAAUCUAUGGUGCGACUUCUAGAUAUCAAUGACUUAAGUACACACAAUCGACAUGUUGAUCAAAUACAAUUCCAAGAACCAGGUGAGUCUGUUCCAAUUUCGGUUGUUAAUUCUAAUACUAAUGAGAGCAUUCUAGAUAAUACAGAGCCUUUAUCCAAUACACUGUCGGACAGACACAGGAUGAAUUUGAGAAGAAGACGUACAAUUGAUUACAGACAUAUACAUUCCAAUUUAAGCUGUGGUGGAUGUGGUGUUUGAAUGAACUAGUAACUUCUUGUUGUUGUCGAAUGCUUGAUUUCGAAUUCUAAAUACAAUACAUUCGUUUGUGUAUAUCUUUAGUUCUUUAUUCACAUACUUCUAAUUAUCACA